GCAAUUACAUGUUGAAAGAAAAAGAAAGUGAAUUUUGUUUUUACUUCACUAUAAAGAGUGCGAUCAACUGCUAACUGAAACAUCAAAAAGGAUAGAGAGAGAGAAAAAAGAAAGAAACAAGGGCAGGGGCCAGUGGCUGCUGGCUUAGGAUUAAAGACAGUGUCAGCCAGAGAAGAAACAAAAAGGAGUUGGCACCGAAAAAAGCAAAAAAAAAAACCAAAAACGAAACUUUCAUCGACUCUCCCGAAAUUAUGCCGCCAUCCGAAGAGGUCACCGAACGUUCAUCUCACUUCUUCAAAUCCCACCUACCCCCGCAGCUGGAGCCGGAUCUAAUCGGUGAAAAGGAGCCACAUCCUUUCGAGUGAUUCUGUGGAAUGUUGGAAUAUCCACAGAGAUUCGCACGCAGCAUCCCCGACUCCUCAAUAAGCAGCAGUAGCAGCAUAAGCAGUGGCUCCCAUCCAUAUCCGCCUCAACUGCCUCAGCAUCAGAAUUUAAAUCCGAAUCAGAACUAUCAGCAGCAGCAGCAGCAUCAAUACCGUCCUCAGUCGCCGGCGAAUCAUCAGCGUCACGCAUCGCUAUCCCAGCAGCAGCAGCAGCAUCAUCGCACCCUGUCGACGGCCUCCAGUUGCAGUGUCCAGCACAAGAGUGUGACUUUUGGCCAGCCGCCCAUCGACUACAUUUGCAGUGGCAACGGCAGCGGCAAAGAAUCAAACGCUGGACCAACACAACAAUCAAUGGCGGGCAACAUGAAGCACGGCAAAUCCCAGGAAGAUGUCUGCUACGUUGUAGCCAAAUAUGAUUAUGCCGCACAAGGAGCCCAGGAGUUGGAUCUACGCAAGAAUGAUCGUUAUCUAUUGUUGGAUGAUUCCAAGCAUUGGUGGCGAGUCCAAAACAAUCGCAAUCAAUCCGGCUAUGUGCCAAGCAAUUAUGUCAAAAAGGAGAAGCCUUCGCUUUUCGACAGCAUCAAGAAGAAAGUUAAAAAGGGUUCAGGAUCGAAGACACUGCCCAAUUGUUCGCCAUCGCGACAAGUUGAAAGUCCUACAAUGUCACGACGCUUACCACCAGAUCCAGCCGAGGCCAUUGGCACGGCCAUUGUCAAGUAUAACUAUCAGGCCCAGCAGCCGGAUGAGUUAUCCUUGACCAAGGGCACACGCAUCUUAAUACUGGAGAAAUCCAAUGAUGGCUGGUGGCGUGGACAAAGUGGCAAUUCGGUGGGUUGGUUUCCCAGCAAUUAUACGACCGAAGAUUGUGAUAAUGAUGGCGAGAUUCAUACCUAUGCCAUGGCAGAGAAUGUCCUGGAUAUUGUGGUGGCCCUCUAUAGCUUCACAUCGAACAACGAUCAGGAGCUCUCGUUUGAAAAGGGUGAUCGUUUGGAAAUUGUGGAUCGCCCUGCCUCGGAUCCGGAUUGGUAUAAGGCUCGCAACAAUCAGGGACAAGUCGGUUUAGUUCCACGCAAUUAUCUACAAGAAUUGAAUGACUACCUGGCCACACCAUAUCGUAAUACGAGCGCUGCUGGCAAUGGCAACAAUACUGGCACUAAUAAUGGGGCCAGUGGCGGCGCUGGUGGCGGCGGUGGCGGCGGCAAUGGCGACUCAAUGGAACGCCGCAAUGAGGGAAAUAAAUCCUCCACACAAUCUUCCUCCUCGCAGCAGCAACCCAUUGAACGUCCAAAUUUGGCUGGCAAAACAUGGUAUUAUGGCGCCAUUACACGCAGCCAAUGCGAUACAGUGCUUAAUGGCCAUGGCCAUGAUGGCGACUUCCUCAUCAGAGACAGUGAGACUAAUAUGGGCGAUUACUCGGUAUCGCUAAAGGCACCUGGCCGGAACAAACAUUUCCGCGUGCAUGUGGAGCAGAAUAUGUACUGCAUUGGACAGCGUAAAUUCCAUUCGCUCGAUCAACUGGUCGAUCAUUACCAAAGAGCGCCCAUAUAUACGAACAAGCAAGGCGAGAAAUUGUAUCUAGUUCGGUCGUUGCCCAAGGCCAAUGGAACGUAAGCAGCCAGUUCCAGAUUGUUUGUACUCUGUAUAGAGAAUGCCUAGCCAAAAAAGAAGAAAAGAAAACAAAAAAGAGGAAGGAAAUCGUCGAUGGAAAAGGAGCAUCUUUAACUUCUCAUAAUAUUCUCGUAUUAUAACAUAAUACAUACAUGUAAAACGCAAAAACAAAAGAGGAAAUAUAUAUAUAAAACUAUAUAUAUAUAUAUAUAGAAACCGCACAUUUACCAUUUGCAGCUCAGCUCGAUUGACAUGUAGUUCAAUAUACAUUUUUGUUUGUUUUUUUCUAUAGUUCAGUUAAAUGCAUACAUACACACACAUAUAUAUGUAUCAGACAAAAUGAAACCUUUUUAUACUUUUAUAAGAAUUAAUAUUAAAAAUGAAAAAUUAAAGCUUAAUUCAAAUGCAUUGGCUAAAACACACACGCAAUUUGGAUUCGAUACAAUUCUAGAUGUCAACAUGCAUUAUUGAUAGAUAAAGAAACAAGAUAUAGAAAUAUAUAAUAUAUAUACAUGUGCACAUAACCUCUCUACAUCUAAACAUCUAAGCUAUAUAUAUACAUGAACAUAUAUUGAAGAACCCAGCAAAAUGUAGCGAAGAACGAAACGCUUUUAAAACCAAACAAAAAUCACUUGAACUAUGUAAUAUUCGAUUGAUCUAAACGAUAUGAUAUGAUGUCUAACUAUUUAUCAAUAUCUGUAACUAUAUCUGUGUAUCUAUAUAUGCAUUCUGCUCAACAACACAGCCAGAGUGAGAAUAGCUCCUUAACCACACACACACACACACACACACUGACACUCAAACACACUCACAUGCAGCACAUUCAGAAACAUACACAUUAAAAAAAAAGUCAUUAAUUUAUCAAUUUUUGUAUUUGUUCAUAAAAUUAACUUACCAGAAACCAGUUCAGUUUACUCUUCUGCACUAAGAGCUAUAUAUUCAUAAACAUGAAGAGUAUACAGUUUGAUAUCUUAUAAAAUAUAAAAUAAUAAUCAUUAGCAGCAGCAGCAACAGAGUCGCCCGCCCCUAUUACAUACAUACAUAUAGAACAUAUUCAUAUUAGCCAUAUAAUUAUUGUACAGUUUUCAAUGCAAUGCUAAAGCUAAAUCCUAAGCAAACAAAAAUUGUGCACAGGACGACGAAAUCUUAAUUUAUUCCCAAAACCAAAACACAUUGAAUAUUGAUAUAUCCAUGGUCUAAAACCGUAUCGGAGUUUUGAGUGAUAAACACUUGAUGAUUGACAAUUCCGAUACGAUUUCAGCACGAAAGUUGAAAUUCACUUGCUUGGUUUUUGGAUCUUAUCGACGGCCUGUGCUAUCAAUUAACUUUACCAAUUUACCAUUUACAAUUUACGAUUACGAUUAUUGUAAGUAGAAUGCAGCAAGCGAUUCCAGCUUUAAUUUUUUAGUUUUAUUAAAUCUUUUUGUUUGCCAAUUA